GAUAGCAACACCGGGCCACAAAACUCCGCAAAAAAAACUUCUCUUCCUUCUCGUCACAAGUCGGUCGAAGGCAGCAACACAAAUCCCCUAAAACCCAUUUCAGAAACGACGAAAGCUCACAAUGGCUGGCAACAGGCAGUCCUUAACUAAAGGACUUGAACGAAAGGUUCUUGCUAUAGUUCGGAGGUAUAUUGAUGAACUAUCAGUCGCCGGAGAAAAAAAUGGCCCUCUACGUUUGUCGGUCUCGCAGGUUUUUCAAUAUGUUAUUACAGAUGAGAGUGUGCCAAGGCAGAAGAAACAGAAUUUGGAAAAGAUGAUUGAAAAAGCCUUAGACACAAUACGGGAUGAGGAGGCCGAAGCCGAUAGUCUAGACAGUGACUUGAGCGAGUUCGAGGAACUCAAUGAAGAGGGCUUCAUGGAACCAAAGGAAUCAAACACAAUGAACAAGCGAGUAGUAAAUAUGUGGUCAACAAGCACAUCAAGCACGACAACUCCCAAACCUCCCCCGCCAAUUCCGGAAAUCCCUCCCCCCAUAGCCAGCAAUACCGUACCAGAAUCGCCAGCACCCCGAAAACGAAAGGGACGCCAGCCGGUCAAAGAUAGCGAAUCUGCGAAACGUCAGAAACAAGACGACUCUCGCGAGCCACCCAAGAACAUCUCCCUGAAGGACAUUGGCGGCUUAGAAGAUGUCAUUAACGAUCUUUUAGAGCUUAUCGCCAUGCCUCUAACCCACCCGGAGGUUUACCUACAUACCGGAGUGCAGCCGCCUCGUGGUGUACUACUCCAUGGACCACCCGGUUGCGGUAAAACUAUGCUAGCAAAUGCUGUUGCCGGAGAGAUUGGGUUACCAUUUAUUGCUAUUUCUGCACCCUCAAUUGUGUCAGGAAUGUCUGGAGAAUCGGAAAAGAAGUUACGGGAACUUUUCGAGGAAGCUCGGGAGAAAGCCCCUUGCUUAAUAUUUAUGGAUGAAAUAGAUGCUAUAACACCAAAGAGGGAGAGCGCCCAGAGAGAAAUGGAGAGAAGAAUUGUUGCCCAGAUGUUGACCUGCAUGGACGAUCUUACAUUGGAGAAGACUAGCGGGAAACCUGUCAUGAUUAUUGGUGCAACAAAUCGACCUGACAGCCUGGAUCCGGCGCUGAGAAGAGCGGGAAGAUUUGAUAGGGAAAUUUGCCUUAACGUGCCAGAUGAGGUUGGAAGAGAGAAGAUACUGAGGGUAUUGUGUCAAAAGUUGAGGUUAUCAGGAGAUUUUGACUUCAAAAGAUUGGCCAAAACAACCCCCGGGUUUGUCGGAGCUGACCUAAAUGCUUUGACAGCAGAGGCCGGCGCGGUAGCAAUGAGACGAAUAUACGAAACUCUUAUAAUCCCACCCGCCACCAUAGACACUUUAGAGACAAAAAUCCAACUAGAUUCACUCCAUAUAACCCUCCCAGAUUUCUUAACAGCCCUUCCGAAAAUUCAGCCUUCGUCUAAAAGAGAGGGUUUUGCAACUGUCCCCGAUGUUACUUGGGCAGAUAUUGGGGCGCUUGAGUCACUUAGGGUUGAAAUGCAGAUGGCCAUCGUGCAACCAAUCAAGAGGCCGGAACUUUUUGCUCGCGUUGGGGUUACCGCGCCGGCUGGGGUACUCCUUUGGGGCCCCCCAGGGUGCGGCAAGACCCUGCUGGCAAAAGCCGUUGCGAAUGAGAGUAGGGCAAAUUUCAUCAGCAUCCGGGGUCCGGAAUUACUAAACAAGUACGUUGGAGAAUCCGAGCGGGCUGUCCGCCAAGUUUUCACACGAGCUCGAGCCUCUAUUCCGUGCGUUAUCUUUUUUGAUGAGUUGGAUGCUUUAGUUCCCCGUCGCAAUGACAGUCUUUCGGAGUCCUCCUCCCGUGUAGUCAAUACCCUCCUUACAGAACUGGACGGCCUAAAUGAUCGCAAGGGAAUCUAUGUCAUCGGUGCAACCAAUAGACCCGAUGUCAUUGAUCCAGCAAUGCUCAGACCGGGAAGGUUGGAUAAGCCUUUAUUCGUAGACCUCCCAAACACGGGGGAGAGAGUAGAGAUUUUGAAGAUUAUCACCAAAAAUACACCACUCUCCAACGUUGAUCUAGGGGCUAUUGCAGUGGAUAACAGGUGCAAAAAUUUCAGUGGCGCGGAUCUAGCGGCACUCGUGAGAGAGGCCGCAGUUCUGGCUCUUCGACAUGCCUGCUUCACAGACGUUGCUGAAGUUGAAGAAGGCAAAAAUGCUGACAACCUCGAAGUAAUGGUCACAAUGGAGGAUUUCGAAAAAGCGUUCGUAAACAUCAGGCCUUCGGUGUCAGAGGACGACAGAGAGCAGUAUCAGGAGUUGGCAACUAGAUUUGGUUGGGGAAAGACCGUACUAGCAAAAUAG